CAGAAAUUAGCCCGGUCCGCGCACCCUGCCGUCUGCGGGGACGUUUCCGCACCCACGAACUACACGGACGGUUCCUGAUCGACUUUGGGGGUUGAACCCUCGGGGCCGGGGACAAGGAGCGCUGCCUAACUUAUGGGACAGCGGGGACGGAGCACACUGGACGCCUCGGGGUCCCAGGCUGGGAGUGCCCCUGGCCCCAGGUGGUCGCGGAGAGCCAGGUCUCAGCUCCGGGUCCCCAAGACCCUUAUGUUCCUCGUCGCCGGUGUCCUGCUGUCGGUCUCAGCUGACUCGACUGCCAUCACCCAGCACGAUGGAGUUCACCAGCUGACAGUUGCCCCACGGUUGUGUCCACCAGGAUCCCAUUUAUCAGAAGAGAGUGGAGAUUGUCUGUCAUGCACAUAUGGUGUGGACUACACUGCUUAUUCCAACACCCUCCCUCUCUGCGUACUCUGCACGGUUUGUAAAUCAGAUGAAGAGGAGAAAAGUCCCUGCACCACGACCAGAAACACAGUGUGCCAAUGCAAGCCUGGCACUUUCCGAGGAAAAGAUUCCCCUGAGAUGUGCCAGAAGUGCAGCACUAGGUGCCCCAACUGGAUGGUCAAGAAGAGUCCCUGUACCUCCUCAAGAGACCUUGAGUGCGUCCCCAAAGAAUCAGGGAAUAAAAACAGAUUCAACAAGAUCACAGUCCUACUACCCUCAUUACUGUUUGUGGCCUUCGUUGUUUGGAAAAUUUUACCAAGGAAGAAAAUACUUCCUUACCUGAAAAACAUCUGUGCAGGGUGUUAUGGAUGUGUCUCCAAGUGGAUGAACAGAGUAAGUGGGUUUCUCCAGGACCUGCGGGAACUGGGUGCUCAGGAACUGCUUCCAGCCUGCAGCAGAACUGGGUGGAUCCAUCCCAGACUGGUCUUGGUUCAUUGCCCAGGCUCUCUCAAGUGGCCUGGGGGCUCAGGGUGGACUGUAAGGGGCAAGUGGCCAUUUUGAGCCCCCCAUAGACUGGUGGACCAUGCUGUAGCCCUGACCUUCCUGCUGCCUGAAGACACCCCCAGGCCACAGCCCUGCACCCUGGGGUGGAGGUCAGUUGGGGGGUGGUGACCCCUCCUUAGCUCAGCAUCAGGAUCAUGGUGCCAGCAGCAGACACUGGACAUGCUGAGCCUCCCUGGGUGACCCUAUGGGAGGGGCUGGAGACAGCAGGACCUGGGGGGCCUUGCAGGGAGCCCUGGAUGUGGACCCCAAAUUCUGCUCCUUGCCUUCCCAAGGUCUUUUCCUGGUGCUCAUGUCUCCUAAGAGGUUCUGUCUUGUGGGACAAUGCCCACAAGAUCCUGAGCAGCACAAACUCACCAUCCAUCUCACCUGCUUCUCUCUGAGUAGGAGAUAGAAGGCCAGGAGCCAGCAGAGCUGGAAGAUGUCACUGUAGUGUCCCCAGGGGAGGCCAAUCAUCAGCUGGAACCUGCAGAAGCUGAAGGGUCUGAGACGAGUAGGAGGCUUCUGGAUCCAGCCGAUGGUGCCGACUCCGUUGAGAGCAAGCGUUUGGUUGGGGAUGACGCAGCAGGAAUGGAGGGGCUAGGGUCUAAGGCUGUGCUUCCAUAGCUUUCCCGACAUCGUGCCCUUUACGUCCUGGAACCUGCUCAUGCGGCUGGUGGGC